UGUUUUUUCUGCCCCAUGACACAGAUAAAUACCCCCCCUCCUAUUCCCUUCUUCACUCACCAACCAACUCUAGCAAGCUACUGCUUUCUUCUUCGAUAAAACCCUAGCCACAACCAAGCAUUUUACAGCAACAAAAAGACUAAUAAUAUUCCCAAAAAUGUCAGGAGUUUGGGUUUUCAAAAACAACGGUGUAAUUCGCCUCGUGGAGAACCCUGCGGCUGAAUCUAAUGGAAUGAAUGGAGGUGGUUCAAGGAGAAAGGUAUUGGUGCACUUGCCAUCAGGCCAAGUGGUAACUUCAUACUCUUCCCUUGAACAAAUCUUGAAAGAGCUAGGGUGGGAGAGGUAUUAUGGGGGUGACCCUGACCUCUUCCAAUUCCACAAACACUCUUCCAUUGAUCUAAUCUCUCUUCCUAGAGACUUCUCCAAGUUCAACUCUGUCUACAUGUAUGAUAUUGUCAUUAAGAACCCUAACAUGUUCCAUGUUAGAGAUAUGUAAGCGUGCUCUACAUCUCUAGCUAGAGCUUAAUUUCUUCAUGCAGUUGUGUCUAGCCCUCUACCCUUCUCUUUGUAUCAUAUAGUGUGUGCUUUCCCAGGUUUAUUUUCCCUAGCUAGCUAGGACAUUGUUCUCCUUUUCACAUUUGGUGUGCUUCCUCGUCCUCCUCCCCUUUAAUCUCCCAGUGUGUAGGAAUAAUUCGAACUAGUUUCAGGUUGUUCCCUUGUUUGAUAUGUACUAAAAUAAGCUUAAAACCUCAUGUUCGGGUUUUCUAUUGGAAAUUUGUAAUGCUGUGUUUUCUAAUAAUUAAGAUCAUGAGUUGACUUUUC